UGGAAAUAUAGAGCCAGGCAGGCAAUCGUCUCCCAGCAGCAAGCAGUGAAAUGUAAGCUUCUCCUCACUACAGCUGAUUGCAAUUACACCAGUCAGAAGAGCCACAACAAGCUAUUUCUUCCUGUUCUUUUUUAUUUUGGUAAUUGCUUUCUCCCUUCCCUCUUCACCCAGCACUUCAGGCACCGGGUGCUUCUUUCAAUGCAGCUUCUUUCCACAGCGUGAUCAGUGUAUGUUCCUGCUUCCAAAGUAUUAGGAAAAAACACACACACACAUUGAAGGUAGAAGAGAAGAGGCUGUAUAAAGAGACUGCUCCGAGUAAUAAGGAGAUUAUCCUAAAAACAUGUAUGCUGUGUGCUUUAUAUUAACAGCUAUGGUGCAUGUCCAUUCUCAAGGUUUGAUUUCUGCAGUGGCAAAUGGAAUUAGCAGCAAGGCACUUGGAAGCUGGGAUACAAAAGUAGAUCCCACAUCCACCUCCAUGGCAGAGGAUCUAGAAGGAGAAGUACCUUUCAUAACAACGGCACCUACUAUGACAUUGCUGAACCACCAUCCAGUUUUGGAGGGGAUUCUUCAUGAAAGCAUCAUGAAGAAAGAUUUCCGGUACCUACCACCUUACUUUGCCAGAACCAAACAACCACAAGACAAUAGCGAUCUGAAAGAAAGAUUGUCUGCACUCAAAACAAGGGGUAAUCUGGCUCACCCAGACUAUGUCUCUACAUCCCAAGGUGAUUUUCCGACACCUACCAUGUCUCUUACUCCAGCUACAAUGAUAAUGGACACCACAUUCGUUGUUACGGAAUAUGGAAGGGACACUGGAGAAUUACAGGAAUCAGUGUCAUCAGCCCCAGUCUUAGAUCCACUGCCAACUUCUGAUUCUCAUGUUCUAUUCCAGGCAGAUAAGAGUAAUGCUGAUGAUUAUUCCCAACAUGACGGCAAACAUUUGGAACCAUCAUCAGUCACUCACUCUAAGUUUUCAAUUGCUACACAAGAAAGUAUUAGUCCUGCAACUUCUGUUCUAAGUAAAACCACCACCAGCAUUCCAGCAGGAUCAAAUGGCCUAGAUAUAAAGAAGGUUAUAUCCAAUAUCUCUCCAUCUCCAGUUAUAUCCUAUGAAGAGGAAGAGGAAACCACAACCAGCACAAUUAUCACCACAACUGUGACCAUGACGGCUCCAGCACCAGAACCUUGUAGUAAAAACUUCACUGCUCCUGAGGGCAUUCUCCUGUCCCCAGUUUAUAGAAGUGCACAGUAUAGCACUGGAGUGGACUGCAGUUAUACAAUCUAUGUUUAUUCCGGUUACGGAGUUGAAAUUAAGGUGCAAAAUAUCAGUUUAUCAGAAGGAGAGACAGUAACUGUUGAGAGUCUGGAAGGAGUGGAACCUGUGAUCCUUGCCAAUGAAUCAUUUUUAAUGAGGGGUCAGGUGAUCCGAAGUCCAACCAAUCAGGUUAUGGUGCAUUUCCAGAGCCUGCAGCCAACCAGCAACCCAGGCAGUUUCCGCUUCUAUUACCAAGCCUAUCUCCUGAGCUGUGGAUUCCCACAAAGACCUGCCUAUGGGGAUGUAUCUGUUACUAGCCUACACCCAGGAGGAGAAGCCUAUUUCUACUGCAAUACAGGCUAUAAACUGCGUGGUCCCCAUGUGCUAACAUGUCUAAAUGCAACACGCCCUUUCUGGAGCAGUCGGGCUCCACAGUGUGCAGCUGCCUGUGGAGGACUCAUAAGAAAUAUCACCACUGGACGUCUUGUCUCACCCAACUUCCCGGGAAAUUACAGCAAUAACCUGACCUGUCAUUGGGUACUAGAAGCCCCCAUAGCACAACGCCUGCAUCUGCACUUUGAAAAGGUUUCCCUGGCUGAGGAUGAUGACAGGCUAAUAAUCCGAGAUGGAAACACCAUAGACUCCCCACCUGUGUAUGACUCCUAUGAGGUGGAAUAUCUUCCAAUUGAAGGUCUGCUCAGCACUGGUAGACAAGUCUUCAUAGAACUAACAACUGAUAGCAGUGGCAGCUCUACAGGGGUGGCACUGCGUUAUCAAGCCUAUGAACAAGGCCACUGUUACGAACCUUUUGUUAAAUAUGGCAACUUCACUAGCAGUGACCCUUCAUUUGCUGUGGGAACAGUGGUCGAGUUCACUUGUGAUCCUGGAUAUACAUUGGAGCAAGGAUCUACUAUCAUCGAGUGCCAAGACUCUGGAGACCCUCAAUGGAAUGAGACAGAACCAGCUUGCAGGGCUGUUUGCAGUGGGGAGAUCACAGACUCCGCUGGUGUAGUGCUGUCCCCCAACUGGCCAGAAGCCUAUGGAAAGGGGCAGGACUGCAUCUGGGGUAUUCACGUUGAAGAAGAGAAGAGAAUCCUGUUGGACAUACAAGUACUGCACCUCAGCCACAGUGACGUUCUCACAUUUUAUGAUGGUGAUGAUUUGACGGCCCGGGUCCUGGGUCGGUACAUAGGGACACACAGUCACUUCAAAAUCUACACAUCAAUGGCAGAUGUCAUCAUCCAGUUCCAGACUGACCCUGGCAGCAAUGUGUUUGGCUACCAGCAGGGUUUCAUUAUUAACUUUUUCGAGGUACCAAGAAACGAUACAUGUCCAGAGUUACCAGAAAUUCCUAAUGGAUGGAAAACCACCUCUCAGUCUGAGCUUGUCCACGGCACAGUUGUGACCUACCAAUGUUAUCCAGGAUAUGAGAUUGUAGGAGUGGAGCUUCUCAUGUGUCAGUGGGACCUCACCUGGAGUGGAGACCUGCCAUCAUGUGAUAGAGUGACCUCCUGUUCCGACCCUGGUGAUGUGACCCACAGUCGCAGGAUUCUCUCUAAUGCGAAGUUCCCUGUGGGCAGUACAGUGCGUUAUGUGUGUGACAAAGGCUAUGUUCUCACUGGUAGCACCACUCUUACCUGCUACAACCGUCAGGCUGGUGUGCCCAAAUGGAGUGACCGCUUACCAAAGUGUGUCCAUGAAAAAUACGAGCCGUGUGUAAACCCUGGAGCUCCAGAAAAUGGUCACCAGGAACCUGAAAAGCGUGUCUACCAGCCAGGGGAGGCCCUUAGGUUUUCUUGCAGUACAGGGUACAUGCUGAUGGGGGAACACAGUCUAAAGUGUGUCCCUGGCCACCCCUCACAGUGGAGCAGCGCCCCACCAAUCUGCAAAGCUUCUUAUAAGGAAUUCUACAGUAACAAGGGUAUAGAAGCUGUGGAAAAAGCAGCAGCUUCAGGCAUCCCUGUAGAAGGCACACAUAUCCUGCUGGCCGUCUUUGUUCCGGUUAUCAUGGUGGCACUUGUAAUCGCAGCAAUCUACCUAUAUUUCUCCAAGCUACAAGGAAAAGCUCUCCUCCGUCUGCCGCUUUCUUCCUCACCCCCCUAUGAUCAAGUCACAGUGGAAUCUGCAUUUGACAAUCCCACAUUUGAGACAGGGGACACAAGGGAAUAUGAAGUGUCCAUAUAAGAGGAAAAUCUGCCUCAUUCUUGGUGGUAGGAGAAAAAAAGGCAGAAAUUAAAUCUUGUCACUCUCAAGUGUGAGAAGCUUCUGGA